AUUCUUUAAUUAAUUUCAUUUUCAUGUAACAUAUUUUAUUGCAUUUGUUCUUCUUCAUGUAACAUUUAACAAAACUAAAUUUAUUUUACAUAUAACGUAGUUUUUAUUCAACAGAUUUGUGCUAUCUUAUCAUGCCUAAAGAUGUACGAUUUUUAUCUAAGAGAUGUUAUAAUCAAUUAAUUAAAAACGUAUUAGAUUCUAUCGAUGUUUUUCCUUUACAAUCAAUUGUUUCGACAUCUGGUUCAAUAAGCGAAUCAGCAUGUACUUCUGAAAAAAACAAUGUGUUACGUACUACAUGCAAUACAUUGGAUACAGAAUGCCAAGUAAAUGACGUAAUAGAAUCGCUAUCAGAAAGCGACAGAGAACAUAGUUUUGAAUUAGAAAAUGCUCUUGAUUUGACAAAUAUUGAUAAUGCUCUUGACUUGACAAAUUCUGAUAAUGUUCUUGACUUUACAAAUAUUGAUAAUACUUUUGGCAAAAAUUUAAAAGAAGAUUUCCAAACAUUAGUUGUUGAGGACAAUAUUGCUCAUAGUACUGUAAAUAAGUUACUUAAAAUUUUGAAAAAACAUGGUCAUUCUGAUUUAUCUACUGAUGUUCGGGUUUUAAUGGGAUCACCGCGAAAUGCAUCCAUAAAUAUAACAUUUUUAGACAAAGGUCAUUAUGUACAUUUUGGCAUUUCAUCUGGUCUCCAGCGAAGCAUAAACAUGUAUUCUGCAUUUAUAAAAAGUAAUCAUUUAAAAUUAAAUAUUAAUAUAGAUGGUUUACUUAUUUCCAAAAGUUCCGGUAGUCAAUUUUGGCCUAUUUUGACGUCUAUUGAAGGCAUACAUGUUUAUACAUCACCAUUUAUAAUUGGUAUAUAUCAUGGUAUGUCGUAACCGAAUGAUGCAAACAAAUUUUUAGCUGAUUUUGUGAACGAAUUUGUCUUUCUUUCUCAAUGUGGUUUACUUGUUUCUAAUAAGAGAUAUACUGUUAGUAUUAACGCAAUAGUAUGUGAUGCACCAGCCAAAUCAUUUAUAACAUGUACGAAAAGGCAUACUGGAUAUUUUUCAUGUUCAAAAUAUACACAAGAGGGUGAUUUCAGAUGUAAUAGAGUAGUUUAUCCUGAAACUCGUUGCACUUUACGUUCAAAUAAUACAUUCAAAAAUCGAGCUCAACCCGAGCAUCAUACUGGUAAUUCUAUACUAGAGAAGAUUUCCAUUGGUAUGGUAUCGCAAAUUCCGUUAGACUACAUGCAUCUUGUUUGUUUAGGUGUUGUGAAACGAUUGCUACAGUGGGUUAGAGGUAGUAAAAAUAUCAGAUUAUCAGCAGAAAAUAUCAAGAAAGUUUCCGAUCAUUUAAUUGCAAUCAAGUCCUGCAUACCAUCAGAAUUCGCAAGAAAACCUAGAAGUUUAUAUGAUAUCGAUAGAUGAAAGGUUACCGAAUUUCGCCAAUUUUUGCUCUAUACUAGCAUUAUCGUUAUGAAAUCAGUAUUAGCACCUACGUUUUAUAAUCAUUUUCUUUCUUUGAGUAUUGCAAUAAGAAUAUUAAUUGAUCCACAAUUAUGUAUAAUAUUUAACGAUUAUGCACAUUCAUUAUUAUUGUGGUUUGUGUCAAACUAUGGUACUAUUUAUGGUGAUGAAUAUGUUUCACACAACGUACAUAAUUUACUCCAUCUUUCGAAAGAUGUCAAAACGUUUGGUUGUUUAGAAAACUUUAGUUGUUUUAAAUUUGAAAAUUAUAUGCAGAAAAUAAAAAAAAAUUACAUAAUUCUAGAAAGCCAUUGCAGGAAUUGUCUAAUUGCGUAUUCGAAGAAUUACUAAUUCCAAUUCAACCGUGUCGUGUGGAACAGCAUCCGAUCGUUAUUUACAAACCAAAAUCGAUGAACAAUAUAUCUUGUGUGCAAUUUAAAAACUUCAAAAUUUCUACUAAUGACAUAGACAAUUGCGUUUUGUUUCAUGAUGGAUCUAUAGUAUUUAUAUCAGAUAUAUUUGAAAAUAAUGACGUAUUACUUAUUCGAGCACGACGUUUUUUAAAUCCAAAAUCUGUAUUUAGUAUUCCAUUCGCUUCGGAAAAACUUGGCAUAUUAGUAAUAUCAAUGAAUACUUCGGAUAUUAUUCAAGUUCCAAUAACAUAAAUACAAAAAAAAAAUGUUUAAAAAUAAAAAGCAAUAUCGACGCUGAUUCGUAUUUUGUAAUUCCUCUUCAAUUUUGUAAUAAUUAAAUCAAAUAUGUAACAAUUGACUUUAACAUAUUUACGUACAUAUGUUUCUGAGUAUACAAUCGUUUUUAAGAUGAAUAAUGUACAUUUUUUAGAAGGACAACAAAUCUUUAUAUGAUUUGUUAUACAUACAAAAUGACUUCUUGUUCACAAAAUAAUGAAUACGCAGUGGUCCGUUUUUUAUCGGACUGUACAUACUCAGAAGUGCCAAAAAAAUGGCUUAUUAAAAAUGUCGACAGUUUUAUGUGCUGGUGGCCACCACAAAAUUCAAACACUGCAACGUUAAUCGCUAAUUGCGUAAAUCCUAAUUACGACUUGUGGAAUAAAUAUGAAGUAGAGGUAGUAAAAUAUUGUUCUUCUCUUGAAUCGGCGCGAAAAAACGCUGCAGACGAACUGUACCACACGAGAGAUGAGGAACGAUUUGGCCGAGGCAAAAGGCAGCACGUUCCUUAUCAACCAUAUACAACAACAUCCGACGAAGACUGUGAAAAGCAAAAAGAAUACGAGAGUGCUGCAAGAAACAAAAAAAAACGAUUGCAAUCAAAUUCUAUUAUGUCGAAAAUACCAUCAUGUCCAGACAAUUUUGGAUCAAUUGUACAAGAUGGUACUGGCAAAAGUACACCUACAGAAUUAACUCCAAAAGAAGUAGAUCCACUGAUUAUUCGUGAAUGUUUACCAGACAUGCAAGAUCUGAACAAGAAUUCAAUAUACCUAUAAUAAUAGAAGACUCUGUUUCUCAACUUACGCCUGUCAACUUAAAGGAAAGCCUGGGUUUAAAAGAAACUCUUAAAGAUAUAAAACGCAUGGUAGCGGGAUGCAGCGUGAUAUUAAGAGAUAAUAACGAACGGUUAAAAAAACUGGAGGAUG